CUUGCGCCUGCUGCGCCCCCCACCCCCUCCUGGCACAGCUCGCCCGCCCUCGCUGCAGCCGAGAGGAGGCGGCGGCCCGGGCGCCCCUGGCCCCGCCCGCCCUCGGUCCUUCCCGGGAGGCCGGGAGACCUGCUCCACCCGGCCCUCGGUGGGUGAGUGCGAGCGGCGGGCGGCGGGUGGAGCCUCCGCGGGCGGAGGCGCCGGGAGCGGGGACGACGCCUGUCAUCGCUCCAGGCCCAGCGGGAGGACGCGCCAAUAUCCCCGCUGCUGCGCUUGGCCCGGGGCGUGCCUGCGGCUGCUCCCACCUCUGGGCCCCGGCUGGGGCCGCCUGGGGGCUGUGGUUGCUCGGCGUUGCGGGCCGGCCGGCAGAGCCUCGGACCCGGACUUUCUCCCAGCAAGGGCAGCGGCGUGGGGCCCUGGUCGGCUGGCUGACCCACAGCGGCUCCGGCCAUGCCCGGCUGGCCCUGGGGGCUGCUGCUGACCGCUGGCACGCUCUCGGCCGCGCUGAGCCCCCGGCCGCCAGCGCCCGCCGACCCCUGCCAUGACGAGGGGGGCGCGCCCCGCGGCUGUGUGCCCGGCUUGGUGAACGCGGCCUUGGGCCGCGAGGUGCUGGCGUCCAGCACGUGCGGACGGCCGCCCACGCGGGCCUGUGACGCCUCCGACCCGCGGCGGGCACACCCAGCGGCCCUCCUGACCUCUGCAGGGGGCACUGCAAACCCUGUGUGCUGGCAUUCGGACUGGCUGACGCAGGUGCCCCUCAACGUGACCCUCACAGUACCCCUGGGCAAGGCUUUUGAGCUGGUGUUCGUGAGCUUGCGCUUCUGCUCCACGCCUCCCACCUCCGUGGCCCUGCUCAAGUCGCAGGAUCACGGCCGCAGCUGGGCCCCACUGGGCUUCUUCUCCUCCCACUGUGGCCUGGACUAUGGCCGCCAGCCUGCCCCUGCGGAUGGCCCAGCUGGCCCAGGGCCUGAAGCCCUGUGCUUCCCUGAGCCCCAGGCCCAGCCUGACGGUGGCGGCCUUCUGGCCUUCAGUGUGCAGGACAGCAGCCCGCCUGGCCUAGAUCUGGACAGCAGCCCGGUGCUCCAAGACUGGGUGACCGCCACAGACAUUCGAAUAGUGCUCACAAGGCCUGCCAUGCUGGGGGACACCAGGGACACUCCAGCCAUGGUCCCUUACUCUUACUCAGCCACUGAGCUUCAGGUGGGCGGGCGCUGCAAGUGCAAUGGGCAUUCGUCGCGGUGCUUGCUGGACACCCAGGGCCACCUGAUCUGCGACUGCCGGCAUGGCACCGAGGGCCCUGACUGUGGCCGCUGCAAGCCCUUCUACUGCGACAGGCCAUGGCAGCGGGCCACGGCCCGGGAAGCCCACGCCUGCCUUGCUUGCUCCUGCAAUGGCCAUGCCCGGCGCUGUCGCUUCAACAUGGAGCUGUACCGACUGUCGGGUCGCCGCAGUGGCGGUGUCUGCCUCAACUGCCGGCACAAUACUGCAGGCCGCCACUGCCACUACUGCCGGGAGGGCUUCUAUCGAGACCCAGGUCGUGCACCAAGUGACCGCCGUGCUUGCAGGGCCUGUGACUGUCACCCUGUUGGCGCUGCCGGCAAAACCUGCAACCAGACCACAGGCCAGUGUCCCUGCAAGGAUGGAGUCACCGGUCUCACCUGCAAUCGCUGUGCCCCUGGCUUCCAGCAGAGCCGCUCUCCUGUGGCACCCUGCGUUAAGACCCCUGUCCCUGGACCCACUGAGGACAGCAGCCCUGUGGAGCCCCAGGAUUGCGACUUGCACUGCAAACCUGCCCGUGGCAGCUAUCGCAUCAGCCUGAAGAAGUUCUGCAGGAAGGACUAUGCGGUGCAGGUGGCGGUGGGCGCGCGCGGCGAGGCGCGUGGCUCGUGGACGCGCUUCCCGGUGGCCGUGCUCGCCGUGUUCCGGAGCGGCGAGGAGCGUGCGCGGCGCGGGAGCAGCGCGUUGUGGGUUCCCGCGAGAGAUGCGGCCUGCGGCUGCCCACGCCUAUUGCCGGGGCGCAGAUACCUGCUGCUGGGGGGCGGGCCAGGGACCGCGGUCGGAGGUCCAGGGGGCCGAGGGCCCGGGCUCAGCGCCGCCCGCGGGAGCCUCGUGCUGCCCUGGCGCGACGCGUGGACGCGACGCCUUCGGAGGCUGCAGCGGCGCGAGCGACGGGGGCGCUGCGGGGCGGCCUGAGCUCGCGGGCCGGGCUGGGGUCGGGAGGGGCGCUGCUCACACAUC